UUUCUUUCUUUCUUUCUUUUCACCUGGUGAAGUUUUCCCGCCGUUCCAUCGGCCAAAACCCAACGGAGCCAGGCCUGGCUGGGGAAGUAGGUUACCGAAAACCAAGAGAGCGAAAGAGAAACCAACCACUCCGUCCAACUCGCAGGAUUCAACCCGGUUAUGCGCAGGAAGCAACUCCCGCGCCUUUCAAAGCCUCCAAGCAGCGGAGCGGAGCCUUCCCAGCGAGUAGCUGUUUUGAAAAAAGCCCCCGCAGGGAAAGCCAGCGCUCGGGAGGGGGGGUUCCUCCUCUUUUAAGACCCCCAAGUCGAUCCUGGGGCGAUGGGAUCCGCGAGGGGACUCGCUUCAAAGCGCGCCGCUUGAAAAAAAAAGCAGACCUCCCCGACCUUCAGGGCGCACGUGGGGAAGCGGAUCCACUACCCGAACGCGCGUUAAAGGAACUUCUCCCAGCUCUCUCGGCAGUGGCUCGAUCGAUCCAUGGAUCAGUGAAGGGGAGCACGCAGGGUUGGCAUUGAGAAGUGCCAGGCUUGUGCCCAGAAAUGCACUGCCCGCCAGAAUUUUGGUCUAAGGAAAGCAACUAUGAUAUCUAUGUGGACUUCCUCUUACCCACCGGGAUUUACCUGCCCCUGUCCGUUUCCUGCCAUGCCAGCCUGGCCACCAUCAAAGAGCUGGUCUGGCACCAUGCCCAGUUUGAGCCCUUCUUCCAGAUGCUCAGCACCCCAGACGCCUACGUCUUCACCUGCAUCAACCAAGCCGCAGAGCUGCAGGAGCUGGAGGACGAGCAGAGGCGCCUCUGUGACGUCCAGCCUUUCGUCCCAGUCUUGCGCCUGGUGGCCCGUGAGGGGGACCGGGCGAAGAAGCUGCUCAAUUCCCAGAUUAGCCUCCUGAUUGGCAAAGGUUUGCACGAGUUUGAUUCCUUGGCCGACCCCGAGGUGGACGACUUCCGGGUCCAAAUGAAAGAUUACUGCGAGCAGAGAGCGGCUCAGCGCCAGCGGCUCAGCUGGAAGGAGUGGAUGGAGUACAGUUUCCCAGUUCAACUGGAGACCGCCCUGAGUGGGCUCGGGAGGAGACGGAGUCUGCCCAUUCCCGGGAAGACCAUUUUUGUCAACGUCAAAUUUCAAUCCGGAGGGGAGAGCUUCACUUUCCAGGUUUCCCUGAAGGAAUUCCCCAUCACUCUGAUGAGCUACGCCGUCAAGAAACAGGCCACCAUUUUCCGCCACCAAAAAGUGAGCCCCGUGGACGAGUACACCUUGCAGGUGAACGGGAAACACGAGUACAUCUACGGGGAGUAUCCCCUUUAUCAGUUCCAGUACAUCCGUCAGUGCCUCCACCAGCGUUUCGUGCCACACCUCAUUAUGGUCCACAGAUCCUCUCUUCUGAGUUUGCGGGAAGAACAGAGCAACGGGCUUGGGCAUCCCCCCAAAACAGCCCCCAAAUUGUCUCCGGGCCGUAAGCAGAAGCUGACCUGUGUAUCUCUGUGGUCUCUGGAGCAGCUGUAUUCGAUCGAACUCUUGCAUUGCAGCAAGGUGAACGCCGACGAAGGAAUGAAAUUGAUUGUGCAAGCGGGCCUUUACCACGGGCACGAAAUGCUGUGCAAGAUGAUGACCAGCGCCGAAGCCAACGUUUGCUCCGAGCCCGCGUGGGAUCAGACGUUAAAAUUUGACAUCCAGGUCUGCGACUUGCCCCGGAUGGCUCGGCUCUGCCUGGCUCUCUACUCGGUAGUGGAAAAAGCCAAAAAGGCCAGGUCCACCAAGAAGAAAUCCAAAAAAGCGGACUGCCCGCUCGCUUGGGUGAACGUGAUGCUCUUUGACUACCAAGACCAGCUGAAAACCGGAGAAUGUGUCCUACCCAUGUGGUCGGCCUUUCCAGAUGAGAAAGGAGAAUUGUUAAACCCGACGGGCACCAUCCAGACCAACCCCAACACAGAGAGCGCAGCCACGCUUUACAUCCGCUUUCCCGGCAUUUCGUUGUACCCGAUCUACUACCCUUCCAUGAGACAGAUCUUAGAAAAGGGGCAGAAUGGCCAUGCUGUCUGCGGUGCGGGGGAGGAUCCAGACGAGAAACAGCAGCUGAAGGAGAUACUGGAGCGAAGAUCCUGUAUCGAACUAUAUGAGCACGAGAAAGAUUUGGUGUGGAAAAUGAGAUACCAGAUUCGGGAUCAGUAUCCAGGAGCAUUGGCUAAACUGCUUAUGGUAACCAAGUGGAAUAAACACGAGGAUGUGGCUCAGAUGAUAUUUUUGCUGCAAUCUUGGCCCGAGCUUCCCGUUCUCAAUGCCUUGGAGCUUUUAGAUUUCAAUUUCCCCGAUCCUAACGUGAGCUGCUUCACCGUCAAUUCCCUGAAAAAGCUGACGGAUGCCGAAUUGUUCCAGUAUCUCCUACAGCUGGUUCAAGUUUUGAAAUACCAGUCUUACUUAGACUGUGAAUUAACCAGGUUCCUUCUGGGCAGGGCCUUAUCCAACCGGAAGAUCGGCCAUUUCCUUUUCUGGCAUCUCAGAUCGGAAAUGCACUUCCCUUCGCUUGCCUUAAGGUUUGGCCUGAUUCUCGAGGCCUAUUGCCGGGGAAACGCUCACCAUAUCAAAGCUCUGAUGAAGCAGAGCGAAGCUCUCAACAAAUUGAAGGCCUUGAAUGACCUGAUUAAGGUCAGCGCUCAGAAAAACACCAAGCCUCAAACCAAGGAAUUCAUGCAUACUUGUAUGCGCCAAGAGACCUACCUAGAGGCCCUCUCCAAUCUCCAGUCCCCUCUGGAUCCGCGAAUCCUCCUGGCAAAAGUCAGCGUAGAGCUUUGCACCGUCAUGGAUUCCAAGAUGAAGCCGCUAUGGAUUAUGUUUAGCAACGGAGAGGCAGGAGGAAACGGCACCGGACUGAUAUUCAAAAACGGGGACGAUCUCCGCCAGGAUAUGUUGACACUCCAAAUGAUCCAACUCAUGGAUAUCUUAUGGAAGCAAGAAGGUCUCGACUUGAGGAUGACCCCUUACGGCUGCCUUUCCACAGGAGACAAAAUGGGGCUGAUCGAAGUGGUGAUGAAUUCGGACACCAUCGCCAACAUUCAACUCAACAAGAGCAACAUGGCGGCCACUGCCGCUUUCAACAAGGAUGCCCUCUUGAAUUGGCUGAAAUCCAAAAAUCCCGGUGAUGCUCUGGAGCAGGCCAUUGAGGAAUUCACGCUUUCAUGUGCCGGAUAUUGCGUGGCUACCUAUGUGCUGGGGAUUGGUGACCGUCACAGCGACAACAUCAUGGUGCGAGAGAAUGGCCAGUUGUUCCAUAUUGAUUUCGGCCACUUCCUGGGGAACUUCAAGACCAAAUUUGGAAUCAAUCGCGAGCGAGUGCCUUUCAUUCUAACUUACGAUUUUGUCCACGUGAUCCAGCAGGGGAAAACGAGCAACAGCGAGAAGUUUGAAAGAUUCAGAGAUUACUGUGAAAGGGCAUACAUGAUCCUUCGAGGCCAUGGUCUUCUCUUCUUGCAUCUUUUCUCCCUGAUGAAAGCUGCUGGCUUGCCAGAGUUGAGCUGCUCCAAAGACAUCCAGUAUCUCAAGGACUCGUUGGCGUUGGGGAAGACGGAUGAAGAGGCCCGGAAGCAAUUCCAACUGAAGUUCAACGAGGCUCUUCGGGAGAGCUGGAAAACCAAAGUCAACUGGCUGGCCCAUAACGUCUCCAAGGAUAACCGCCAGUAGGGGAGGCCCUCUCCUGGAGUCUUUCCUUCCUGGCUCUCCGGGUGGAGCAGGCGGGCCCUUCCGCACCUUGCGUGAAACAGGUUGACAGGACCGUUUUUAGGCGGCCCAGAUGUUGGUGGCAAGACGAUGUCCUUAUUCCAGAGGCCCUGCUUGGAAGCCCCUGGAGAUAACUCCUCGGCCGAAUGGUGAUGGUGCGAGAGAAUGAGGAGGAACCGUGGCACGAUUUUGGCAACCGCCCUGUUUGAUGACCUGCGUAUAGCUGCAACUGUGUGUGUGUGUGUGUGUGCACGUGUGUGAGAUUCGUAUUUUAUACUGCUCAAUGGUACUCGACUCGCUCACUGGUUGAGAUGAGGUGGUUGUGAGGUUUCAAAGAUGCAUCCAGAAGAGCUGGCCUCUUUAGAAAGAGAUGGACUUUUCUCACAAAACUUGUUGGUUUUUGCACAAAACGUUGGAAACCCCCCCCAUCCCCCCAAUUCCCGGUCUUGCAAGGCCAGGAACUAUCUUUUGAAAGAAGAGCCCUUAGUGAGAAGUACGGUGAGAAGUUUUGGCAAGGAGGUGGAUGGUUUGAUGACGUCACACGUCCUGGUUUUGUCCGAUGCAGAAAUGUUCUUGCAAACUUUUCAGUUACUUCUUAAUUGCAUUCUUUCUUUAAAAAAACAACAACUGGUCACUUCCCGAUAACCCUUUUCCUUUUUAAAAUCCAGCUUUUCAAUAAAUGCAAGUUUGUUUCA